AUGCCUGAUGCGGCUACAGCUGCUGUGCCCCAGCGCGAGUCCAUCUGGACGCUGUUCAAGCAACAGCGUCUACCGGCGUGGCAACCCAUCUUGACACCGUUGCACUCGAUUCUGUGCCUCUUUGCGGUCGCAACUGUAUGCUUUCCGCUGAGCCUGUCGCUCUUUCAAGCGAACGCGUCUGCAGCAGACAUUACGGUGCGCUACGACAACCAGCAGCAAUGUUCGUUUGGGUACAACAACACAGGUGCCUUUCGGUAUGAGACGUCACCAGAGAGCGUGUGGCAGACGGGAUGCAUAACGGAUGUCUCAUUCCGCGUAGACAAGCACCUUAAAGCCCCUGUGUAUGUCUACUACGGCCUUGACAACUUCUACCAGAACCACCGUCGGUUCUCCAAGUCCAAAAGUGACGCCCAGCUGGCCGGGCAGCACGUCUCCGCUGCGGCCAUUGCCUCUGCCACGUCACCUCUCACGUACCCCGGUGAGUUGUGCCAUGCUGGCGAUCGAGGAAUUCGCCUCUUGGACACCUUUUAUCACUACAGCGAUUUCGUGUAUGUACCAGCUGGACUGAUACCAUGGUCUAUGUUCAACGACACGUUCACCCUGUACCACGUCACUCACCACGAGGCCAGCGCUGCGACGGCACCGGCGCUGCGGCUAAUCUGCAACGGCAGCGCCUUUUCGCGCUUCACCAACGAGCCGCUUGAGGAUGCCGGCCGCUGCCACAAAAAAGGCAUUGCCUGGACGUCGGACGCAAAGGUCAAGUACAAGAAACCGUACUUCCCCCCGCCGUCGUCGCCGCAACCCGUAUGGAGCGCACCACAGUGGGCCUACGAGGCCGAGGACGGCGAUGUGAACCCCAGCCCUCCUUCCCGCAUGCCGUCCGACAACGCCUAUUUCAACAAAGGCUGGUACGCCGGUGAGCCUGGCCACCGCAUCCCGGUCACGACGGACGAAGACUUGAUGGUCUGGGCACGCGUGGCGUCGCUGCCCAAGUUUAGGAAGCUGUAUCGAGUCAUUGACGAAGACCUGGUACCGGGCACAUAUCUGAUGCGCAUCCACGAGCAUUUCGACGCGGCCAGCUUCGGCGGCGAAAAGAGCUUCUCACUAGCGACAAUGUCAUGGCUUGGUGGCCGUAACAGUUUCAUGGCGUGGAUGUACUUGGUCAUCGGUGUCGUCUCAACCGUCAGCGGCGUAUCAUUUCUGUGCAUUUACCACUGGUACGGCGACCGAGCUUUGUUCGCCCUGGCGACGCUACUGAAGGGCGAUUAA